AUGCGCUUGCUUGCGGCGAGACAGCUCGCCCUGGCCUUUGGUCUCGCCGCCGUGCUCAUCAUCGGUAUCACCCGCUUCUUCGAGCUCGGUCUCUCGUCCUUCGGUCUCUCUCGCAAGUCCGCAGGGGAUUUCCAGGCCGACCGGCUCCUUCUCAUCACGGCCUACUUCCCCCUCAAGGCCGCAAAGCACUCACAUGCGGAAUACGACUAUUGGCUGACCAACUUCAUGGGUCGGCUCCACACCGACAUGUACAUCUUCUGCCCGCCCGCCGAAGAAGCACAUCUUCGGGACCUGGUCGGCAAGGCGGCAUUGUCAUCGGGCAAUCACGCAGCGGGUGGGGUUGCCAUCGGGCGCAAGGUGUACUUUGACACCCGCUUCACUACCUCCCUCGAAACACCGGUCCUUUCCUCCUUUGUCCAGCAGGCGGAUGACCAAUGGGCCAAAGACGUCGAAAAGCACAUCAAUAAUCCUGAUCUCUACGCGAUUUGGAACUCCAAGGCGUACUUCGUCGGGGAGGCGGUGCGGGAGACCACAUCGGACGGCCGGCGGGCGUACCAAUACUACUUCUGGCAGGACGCCGGGGCGAUGCGGACCGCCAAUACGCUGCGCUAUUGGCCGGACAUGGGCCGGGUGCAGGAGGUGUUUCGGGAGGCGGAAGACGUCAGGGAAAGCGACAAUGUGACGGAGCAGCCGUUGAUCAUGUUUCCUUUUUGGCGUAUGGCACACGGGCAUGAGAAGGCUUGGACGGAGGAUCAGGGAGGGAUAGCCACGCUGCUGACUGAAGGGUCGUUCUUUGGCGGAACCAAGGCUUCAGUCCUCUGGUUCGAGACUGCCUUUUACAGACUCUUCGAUAAGCUCCUCGCCACGGGACACUUCGUCGGUCGAGAUCAAGACGUCUUCAACACCCUCAUCGCCCAGCAUGCUUCCAACUUCUUUGGUCCGGUUCCGGACGCGCAUAAUGACAUGGGGGACUGGGGCAAGUGCGGGGAUCGAUGGUACUAUUACAUUCAGUGGAUAGCGGAUGCGGCGGAGAGACAAGCGAUGGAGACGACGUAUGGCUGGCACUAUCCCUACGCGAUGUCCUCCGAGCCGCCGGACCCACGGUCUCCUCGUUCUCCGCCUGAGGAGGUCGCUCCUGCAGCAGCAGGAGGCGCGCCAGCUGUCACGCCGACUACACCUGCCCCCUUCGUCGGUCAGGCGGCCUUCCUCGAUGGUCAACCCCAGCAACGUCCUAACAUCGGCUCUAUGCUCUUCCUUACCGCCUUCUUCUUCUUCAUGUCGUCCAGCAACAAUCAGCCUCAGAUCGUUAUCGUCGGGCCGGAUGGGCAGAUCCAGCAGCGCGUAACCGAGCUGGACCGGGCUCGGACGCAGAUGGAUGAGUACAAAGGGCUAUUGAACGGGACGGUGGUGGGGAACUGGACGGAGGGUGGCACGCCGCAAGUCCAGCCGGCAGCUUUGCUACCUGGGCGCUUUGAGCACUCGGCGGUCGGAGCAGGGCGAUUCUACUCGAACAUUACCGGAUUCCACCGUGAUGGAAAGGCGCACCCGGUCAACCUUCUCCAGCCAGGGCCAAACGUUACCUUCUUCGACCACACCCUGCCUGCGCUGAACUCCAGCUCGGAAUGGAACGCGACGUUGGCGGAGGAGCUGAAGGGAGAUUGGGACUGGACACUGGUGGAUAGCUGGGAGAUGAACGUGAAGGAGCGGUCGAUUCUCGAGGAGAGGUCGAACCUGACGAGUGGGGUGAAGGACGAGGACUGGUCAUGGGUGAGAGGGACAAUCAGCUUUGGAAACACGGAGAUCAAACCUCGGGUGACGGACUACGACUUCAUCGGUCUACACUACCUGCCCAACGGGACGUACGAGCUGUACGCUGUCCCAGACGGGUUAUACCUGGAUAUACGCAACAUACCCCGACUUUACCCUCAACAUCACAAUACAACGCGGAGGAUCAUCAUGCGCGAGCUGGAGAAGGAGUUGGACGCGCAAGAGCGGAGCCUGCUCUUGACGGAUAUCCGGCCUGAAGACGUGACAAGAACGAGAUGCCCCCUGCUCGUACACCUCGCUCUGCCUCCCGUUCCUGCCGGUAUCGAUAUGGCCGACGUCAAGCGGUAUGAUGAGGAACUUCGGAACCCAACCGGUCUGCGCACCAGUCUUCGGCGUCCUCCUGGAUACUGGCAACGGGGCGGAUUGGGCGGUGUAGUCAUUGCGGACCAGUGUGGCUUUGCGAUAGGGCUGGACGCUGGACAAGGGAUGAAACUGGAAGAUUUUUGGCGGAAGACGUGCAACUAUGCCGCCUACGCCUCGUUCUUCAUGCUGCUCACCCUGUACCUGCUGGUCCGCCAAAUGGAACUCACUCGGACACCUUCCACCCUAGCCCAAGUCUCCCUACUGUCGGCCAUCAGCAUGGUCAGCACCGACUCAUUCAUGUUCUCAGCCCACCUCGCGGUCGGCACCGCCAGCGACAAUAAGACAAGCCUUCCGCUGCUUGUCCCGGCGUUUUUGGCGUUGUGUACGGCCAUCGUGUUUGGACCGCGAUAUGUGAUCCUGCUGUAUCGCGUCCAAGCUCCUGAGCGGACUUUUGAACCUACUCCCACACCUCCGGUCGCUCCUGCGCCGGCAGCGGACAUCGAGUCGGCGGAAGCAGGUGGCGUUGCGGCUGAGGUACCGCCGUCUCCGCUGUUUGGCGUGCGGGAGGGACUCGCUUCUCAUCCCAGAAUAAAGUGGCUUGUCAUUGGUCUUCUCGUCUUCAUCGCCUUCCAGCUCGUUAUGGUCCCCUCACUCGCGCCAGUCACGCUAUUCGGAAUGUACUCGUUCUGGGUCCCACAGAUCUGGCGAAAUGCGACUCGGCGAUCCCUUGGAGUGGACAAGACCUUCGUGAUCGGGACAACCAUUGGCCGACUUGCUAUACCCAUCUACGCGCUGGGCUGCCCCGAUAACGUCUUCUUCUUCUCUGGGACCAAUUGGGUUUGGGGAAUGGUCAUCUGGCAGAUCUUCCAAGUCUCGGUACUGCUCGCCCAGGAGAGAUUCGGUCCUGCCUUCUUCUUGCCAAACCGCUUCGCUGCUGCGGAUGGGUACAACUACCACCCCCUCCUGCCCUCGUCCUCCGACCCGAAAGCCGAUCUCGACUCCACUCCGCUCAAUCCUGCAGGGGUAGCGCUGUCUGACGAGCGCACCUGCAGUAUCUGCAUGGAGGAGGUCGAUACGCAACCGACGAGUAUGGCGCCUGGAGAUGCCCUGUUGAAGGGUAUCAAGGCAAGCGGUUGGGCAGCAGGGCACCAGCGUCGGGCGUACGCCCUGGCGCCAUGUGGUCAUCUGUUCCAUACGGCUUGUUUGGCGCAGUGGUUGGCUGUCAAAGUAUACAAUCUGCCCACUGUGCAAGCGCUCAUUACCCCCACUGUAGCCACAUGCGAUCCAUCAGCAUCGGACGUCCCGAAGAUAUCCUGCGGACGCCGCAUAUCUGUUGUAUACUAUCUGUUCAUGUACAUCUGUGCACAGGAAAUGGUCAUGUAG